GUAAAGGGUUUUAAUAAUAAUAAUAACAACAACAAUCAACACCGUCGGCAAUAUUCCGGUAGCUCAAUAACUGAUCAGCCAAGAAUUUAUACUGGUAAAAUACGUUGCUUUUUACUGUCUCAAUCUUUAGAAGGUCUAUGUUUAGAAUAUGAUAAAAAGCUUGUUCAACAUUUGAUUACGGAAUAUGUACGAUGUGGUUCACCAGUCAUUCUGGAUCUAAUUCGUAAUUGUUCAAAUGAAUGUCUGGAUGUUUUAAUUGAAUUUAUUUUUUAUAAGAAAAUCCAAAGUGUCUUAAUACAUGUUGAUAAUUCUACAAAGACAAAACGUUGUUUAGUUAUUAUUAUAAUUGAAGUCUUAGAACGUUUAUCAUCUCCAGAAUUAAAAAGUCGAUAUAAAUUUAACAAACAACUUUCCAUUGUUCCACAACAUUUGCUUCAUUUAACUGAAGUAUAG